AUGCCCACAGAAGAAGAGGAAGAAGAAGAAGCGGAGCAUGUGAGGCAUGACAAGAGGGACAAGUCGAAGCCACUGGUCCACACUCGCGGCAUGACGAUGGUGUCUGUCGCAGAGAUAAGCAAGCCAGGGGGAAACCUCCAAUCAACUGAUUAUUUAGCGGCCAAGGCAAACCGCCUGCGCAGCCACCUCUGGCAUCUCCUCAUGAAAAUUUCCAAGCCAAUGUCUGGGGUUACGCUCGCCUGUCCCGCGCUGGCCAAUAGAGGAGAAUAUCUUUCCUUUGCUUGGAGAGCGAAGCGAGUGACAAUUCCAGGGCCAAAGUCAGGCCACGUCCCCCUUACAUGA